AUGGAUGAAGAGAAGUCGUCGUCUCUUGCAGAGCCGCGAGAGAUCAUUAUCGUGGCUUUUGAUAGUGACGAUACUAUCAAUCCGAAGAACUGGUCUCGGAAGAGACGCUGGUACAUGACCCUCGUCGCGGCGUUCUUGGGAUUCAAUGCAUCUUUUGCCUCUUCAGCACCGUCGGGUAUCUCGUCGAAUUUGAUGAAGACCUUCAACAUGUCACAGGAACUAGCCACCCUCACAAUAUCGCUGUUCAUCUUCGGAUAUUGUGUCGGCCCCCUGUUUUGGGGACCAUUAUCUGAACAGUACGGACGGCGGCCUGUCUUUCUUGUAUCGUUUCCUGUAUACAUGUGCUUUCAAAUCGGCUGCGCGCUAUCGCACAACGUAGCUUCUAUCAUGGUAUUCCGCCUUCUUAGUGGCAUGUUCGCCGCAGCGCCCAUGUCAAACAGCGGUGCUUUAAUUUCGGACAUCUGGGAUGCAAAGACGCGAGGGAUUGCUCUGUCCCUGUUCGUCCUUGCGCCGUUCAUGAGCCCUGCUUGCGGGACUAUCGUUUCCGGCUACAUAUCAGAAGCGGGCAUAUCGUGGAGAUGGCUCUUCUGGAUUAUGGUCAUCCUAGGCGGCAUAUGUCUCCUGCUCAUCGUCUUUACACUGCCGGAGACGUACCCACCAGUUAUCCUCGCCAUGAAAGCACAACAUCUGCGCCACGAAACGGGAGACAACCGAUAUGUUGCUCCCCUCGAACAGGCACCAAAACUAUCCAUCGGUGCACGUUUCAAUCACACAGUCAGUCUACCAUUCAAGAUCCUAUUCCAUGAGCCCAUGCUAAUAGCGACGACGGUGUAUAUGAGUUUCCUGUACGGCUGCAUGUACCUGAUGUUUGAGGCGUUUCCCGUCGUGUACACUGUUGGGCACCACUUCAAAUCUGGUCCAUCCGGACUGGUAUGGAUUCCAGUGGUGAUAGGAACUAUUCUGGGAGUCGUAGGAUACCUCCUAGUAUUUCACCCUCGUUACGAGGCAGCUGUGGAUAGGUACAAGCCUGGUCCCGUCCCACCUGAGGUACGCCUAGAAUCAGCGAUAUGGGGCGCCCCAUUCCUAGCCAUCGGGUUCUUCUGGUUCGGAUGGACGUCUUUCCCAUCCAUCUCGUACUGGGCUCCUCUCAUGGCAGGGCCGCUGUUGGGCUUUUCAGUCAUCUGGAUCUUUCUAGCACUUUUUAAUUACAUUAUCGAUGUGUAUCUCUUUGUGGCAGCGUCCGCUCUCGCCGCCAAUACCGUAGUGCGCAGUAUCGCGGCCGCCGGAUUUCCGCUGUUCGCGUCUCAGAUGUAUGAACGGCUCAGCCCACCAUGGGCAUCGACAAUUUUGGGUUGCUGCGCUAUCAUCAUGAUGCCGAUACCGGUCAUUCUCCGGCGGUAUGGUCCGGCCUUAAGGCGGAAGUCGCGAUUCGUGCCCGCGAUGAACCGGGGCUGA